AUGGAUACAAGUGUCACUUAUUCAGAGCAAACAUCGUCCUCCACAAAGUUUCCCUUGCAAACAAGGCAAGCAGCACGAUUGAUAGAUGGUGUACAUACAGAAACGUUGAUUACGGGUUUUCAAGAUAAGAUUCUUGUGAUAAUUACACAGUACGGAAAAAUUGGAAGUUUGGCUUAUGUAACAUUUGACUCACUUUCCUCAAAAUCACUAUCUUCGCUCUCCUCAGAUAUUACUACUAAUGUCAAUUUUCUACUUGGUGGAUUUUCUUCGUUAUAUCAAAUCGAACGAGAGUCCCAAUGA